AAGAAAAAUAAUAGUGAAAAAGGACAAAACCCUCAGCAAAACCCUUUCUUGAACUGUGACAGGUAAAAGCCCUAACUCUGGAAUUUGGUGGGUGGCUGCAAUGGCUUCUCGUUAUAGAUCUGUUUCGCAACCAGCAUUGUCCUUUAUCAAAUCCACCAUCACCAAACCAGCUUCCAAGCCCACACCCUCAGCUUUUCUCCUCAAAACUCGUUCUCCGGUUACGACCAGGUGGGUGGGUGGGGAGCUCGGUUGCCUGCAGUCGCUGCUUCCGCUGCACUCGGCGGUGUCGUCGGCGCGCCUCACUUCUUGUCUAGGCAUCGAUUCGAGUAGGUCGAGGUCGUUGUCCCAGGGUAUGCUCUGCAGUGCCAACCCCGGAGUUUGAUUUCUCCAAUUCUUUUUACCGCUUUCUUCUCUAAAUGGGUCUCAGCACCCCGCGAUAAGAUUGUCUUGAAGACAAAUUGAUGGGCAGAUCAGAGAACAUUAUUUACUUUGCUGGGAUGUUCUACCUGUUAACUGUUUUCAAGUUUUCUAGACACUUCACUAUAACAAGUAUAUUGGGAGAAUCCUUUGAUCAUUCCAGUCCAAAUUGUUUUACAGAUCAACCUUUGUGAACUUCAGUUGGUGAAUAAAAAACAAAUAAUUGGUGAUUCACCUGGUCAUCAUUUCUGCUCAUGCAUGUUCCUGAACUUGUUAGCAAUAGCAUUAGAAUCAGUGCAUUUACUUGCGUCAUCUAUAAUAAGUGUAGUUUGGGCGCUGAUUAAUUCAGAUAGGGUAUGUGAGAACCGACGUUUGAGCAGUGGGAGGAAAUUAUGUUGAGUAUAGUUUUUUGGGGA